CACUAGGCAUCUUUGUAUCUAUCUCACCAUCUUCAUACAUUCAGCUCAUUCAAUUCACAGAUCGAUGCCCUUAAUGAUGGCCAUUUGUCCAUCCUCCAACGCGAUUCUUCCCUUUGCACGCCACCGGCAUUGCCUCCUCCCGCUGGAAAAACACCACUCUCCGGCGCCAUUUUCGCGGAGAUUUCAAUUUGGAUUUGCAGCAAGAGCGCCUACCAUGAGAAGCGUCUUGUCAAGAACCAGCGAGUCAUCCUUGUCCUCCCUUAUCACCGAGCUCGAAAAAGAAAGAGACCAGAGACAUGAAAACUACGAAGACGAAGAAGCCCCGGCGAGUAAGCUGGCGGAGCGGCGAUUGGCCGAUCACUGGCGCGAGAUCCAUGGGCGAGACGACUGGGUGGGGCUGCUCGACCCGAUGGACCCGCUGCUUCGGACGGAGCUGAUCCGGUACGGCGAGAUGGCCCAAGCAUGCUACGACGCUUUCGACUUCGACCCGUUCUCCAAGUACUGCGGCAGCUGCCGGUUCACGCGCCGCAAGUUUUUCGAAUCCCUCGAGAUGACCGGCCACGAGUACGAGGUGACGCGUUACCUGUACGCGACGUCGAUCAUCAACCUCCCCAACUUCUUCAGGAGAUCACGGUGGCCCAAAGUCUGGAGCCGAAACGCCAACUGGAUCGGGUACGUCGCGGUGUCGAACGACGAAACAUCCGCGCGGUUGGGCCGCCGCGAUAUCACAGUCGCGUGGAGGGGCACGGUGACGCGGCUGGAGUGGAUCGCGGACCUCAUGGACUUCCUCAAACCGGUCUCCGCUGCCAAGAUCCCCUGCCCCGAUCCCACCGUCAAGGUGGAGUCCGGUUUCGUCGAGUUGUAUACAGAGAAGGACAAGACGUGUAGGUUCUGCAAGUUCUCGGCGCGGGAACAGGUUUUGGCGGAGGUGAAGAGACUGGUGGAGAAGUACGCGGACGAGGAAAUGAGCAUAAGUUUCGCGGGGCAUAGCUUGGGGAGUGCGCUGGCGGUGCUGAGCGCGUACGACGUAGUGGAGAGCGGGGUGAACGGGGCGGUGCCGGUGAGCGUGUUCUCGUUUUCGGGGCCGAGGGUUGGGAACGCGAGGUUCAAGGAGCGGGUGGAGGGGCUGCGGGUGAAGGUGCUGCGGGUGGUGAACGUGCACGACGUGGUGCCCAAGUCGCCGGGACUGUUUUUCAACGAACGGGUUCCGCCGGCGGUGAUGAGGCUGGCGGAGGGGCUGCCGUGGUGUUACUCGCACGUCGGCGUGGAGCUGGCGCUGAACCACAAGAACUCUCCGUUCCUGAAGCCCACUGGCGACCCCGCCUGCGCCCACAACUUGGAGGCGCACCUCCAUCUGCUUGACGGGUAUCAUGGAAAAGGGCAAAGAUUUGUGCUAGCGAGUAGAAGGGACCCGGCUCUUGUGAACAAGGCAUGCGAUUUUCUAAAGGAUCAUUACUUGGUUCCACCGAAUUGGAGACAAUAUGAGAACAAGGGAAUGAUCAAGAACAAGGAUGGACGUUGGAUGCAGCCUGAGCGGCCAAAACUCGAUGAUCAUUCUGAUGAUACACACCAUGUCCUUAGCCGGUUAGGCCUACUUCUCGAUCACUAAAACACUUUUCUCUAUGUUUUUCAUUGUAAAUUCUUUGUAAACAUAAAUGAAAAAUUUAUACACCCAAAGAAGUAAUUUUAUAAUAAAGUUAUCUAUAUGCAUUUUGUGGCAUUCUCCAUAAAAAAAA